AUGCUCCUUCGCCCUCUAUCUCUAGUUCUCCCUGUCGCUCUUGCUAUCGCCAACCCGUUUGUUGGUCGUAGCGAAGUUACUGCACUCCAAGAGGCUUGUAACAAAAUCAACACCACUCUCUAUGAUGUAAUUAAAGCUUGCAAUGCGUUUUCUAUCAACGUUGAUAGUGCACAUGCGGAGGAGGUGUUCAAUCUCUCAAAGACUCUACAGUCGCGGGUCAGAGAUGCAUCUGAGGUGGUUCCGGAUGCGUUGGAUGGAAAGUGGCUGUGCGAAUCGUACACAAAUGUUUCAAGUCCAGGUCUUCAGUUAUCGGAGGACUUCAUUGCUCUCAAGAAAGAUUUCCAGAGCGUCGACUUGCUCAACGACACUUGCCUCCUUCUCCAGAAAUCUUCCAAGGGUAGUGCCUUAUUGGACAGGAAGCUCUUGGAUGCGACUCCGGAUUCAUGGAAGGCGUGUGUUCAGAGAUAUCAAGAAAUCUCAGAGAAUAUGACGGCCAAAGUCCUGGAAGCAUAUUGUGGUCAUUCCUAACAGAGACUGAGAGGGGGCGCUUGGAGCACUAAAGGUUCGAGUAUUCCCGUGAGACUACGAGAGACGACCGAGAGGUUGGAGAGAGGCGGACGGGUACUUAUCCGAGAUUGACCGACGACUGACGCUUGUUCGAAUAAUUAAAUCGUUUUGACUGCUUAUCACGUUUUGAGAUCCAACGGAAUGGACGAGUAUCGUGCCCGGGUACCUACCACGAGCUGAUAGACAGCCAUAGACGGG